GAAUUCCUCUUCUGCAGUUCGAGAUAACGUAACCAGAGAACUGCUCCUGUGACCUCAACAGAGAAAAGAACACACCAAGAGUGGCACAGGGCGCGGAAUCCGUAAGCCCCCCCGAAGAACAAUGAACAAGGUCCAACUCUAGCAAGAUCGAGCCUUCGAGUCAGUAUCGAGGGCAGUUGAGUUGCUGGAGUGCUUGGACAUAGCAGCGCUGUGAGGUCUACGAGAAUGACACUAACAACUACGGGUCCUGAGAAGUUGCCACAAAUCGUUUCUGGAUAAAUUAUGACAAGAAAAACAUUAAAGAAUCUAUGAACUGGCAUGCAUCAGAUGUAGUGUCAUGGAUGUUUGUGGGGUUGGCAACUGCUGUUACCGCUGCAACCCCCUGCUGUCCUGGAUCAAAUCUACUUAAUAUGGAAAAGACACACUGUGAUGAGUUCCCUGAUGCUGGAUUGCAUAUAAAUUGCAAUCAUUCCGGCAUAUAUAUAUUGGAUCCAAAUUUUAUAACAGAUGAUGCAUUCACCUUGGACCCAGUUACAGGCUAUCUCCAGUCAGGCCAUGAUAUUAUUCAACACGAAAAAUUCUGUCUAACGCGUAAACUCGAUGAAAAUGGAACAGUAUCUACGUUGGACAUUGCUCUGGUAUGUUUUCCUGAAGGAGAAGCCGUUCCAGCCAACGACCACCAAUACACUAUAUAUUCGGCAUGUGUCCUUAUAUCAUCAUUCUUCCUCCUGGUUACAUUACUCGUAUAUAUGCUGGUGCCUGAACUGCGUGACUUGCAGGGAAAGUGUCUCAUGUGCAGCAUGUUCAGUCUCUGCCUUGCCUACAUCUCACUUGCAGUUCUGCAGCUCCAAUCUCACAACCUCAGCAACACCAUGUGCGUGUCUCAAGCCUUCUUCACAUAUUUCUGGAUGUUGUCUGCGUUUUUCUGGCUGAAUGUUGUGUCAUUCAAUGUGUGGAGAACUGUUAUAUUCCAUCACUUCCCCUUGUCAGAUGGUCAGCUGUUAAUUAGCUUCUGUGUCUUUGCAAUUGGCGGUCCAUUUCUCUUCCUUGUGGUGGCACUAGCAACACACCAUACACCAAGUGCCAACAUAAUCAAACCAAACUUUGGUGUUUCCAGUUGCUGGUUUGAUGGUCAAACAGAGGAAUGGGCAUAUAUGUAUGGCCCAAUGGCAGUGCUGCUCUUCCUCAACACGCUCUACUUUAUUUGGACAGCAUGGCGCCUAUGGAAGGAUUGCCGGGACCAGUCUGCACCCAGACUGCGGUGUCUAAGAUUCAAAUGUCUCCUGUAUCUCAAGCUGUUUAUUGUUAUGGGAAUUCCAUGGAUAUUUGAAUUGAUCUCUGUCAUUGUGGAUAAAUCCACAGGUUUCUGGCUAGUUAUGGACAUCUUGAACUGCCUACAAGGAUUAAUAAUUUUCCUAAUACUGGUAGUCUUUCGCAAGAAAGCGCUUCGCGGCCUCGUAAAGAAUCGACCGUGGGGAUUUAACUGUCCUAAGAGGUGGGCUGCAGGAGUGGAUGAAGAAUCUGAAGGAAUGCUGGCAGAGGAGGAAGAACUCUCACAAACUCAAGUCAGGACCUGAUCAAUAACAUAGACAAAAUUUGUGGUGUAGGCAAGCACUGCAGUACAAGUGAAUUCUACAAAAGUAUGCCGUUACAAGAGACGUGGCAGUUGUAUUAGGCACGUUAUGGGAAGGAGGAGGAGGCAUGUUACACAAAGAAGUGAGAAAGGCCACCAGCAAAGGAGGAGGGGGGGGGCAGCUGCAAUAAGUGCAGAUGAAAAGGAACAGACUUAUUUGAUAUCAGUCAGUAUUUAUCCUACACCUUUCCAAAAUCAAAAAUACCUGUUCUAUUUGAGAACAUUAAUGCAUCUGUGAUAAAAUACUGCCUUCUACUGUUAUUACUACUGCAGAAUGUGUACUGGAGAUCAUAACUGCUAUAUAUAGCAUAUCAUUUUUCCUAUUAAAGGAUUUCCAUAAAUAAAAGUUGGAAGUAAAAGACCAAAAAUCUCAGUAUGAUAGAAGAUAUUUAAAUCCUAAACUGUUCUCACUAAUUAGUUUUAAAUAUAUCACAAAUUUAAACAUUUGGAAGCAACAAAAACCCUUUAGAUAUAAAUACUUAAAGAAUCACACAGCAGUACCAAUAGAGAGACAGAAGGGGCCCUGAGAGAUGACGUCUGCAUUCUUUUUUACAACGGCAGGAAAGUAGAUAUGCCUGAACACCAUUUGCCAUUUAUGCACACAUGAUGAGCUGUGUUGCUUUUUCUUAGUGCUCAACAAUUUCGUAAACUAGGGCAGAACGCUCCUUUCGGAGCUCCUCGGAGGGGCUGGUCAAGUUUUUAAAAAGCAACCAACCCCUUCGGGGGGGGGGGGGGGAUUGGUUGCGUUUUAAAAUCUUAAGUAAGACACUAAACUCGGCAUUGUUGUUAGUUUAUAAUUGACAUUGUUGAUGACGUCAUUCUUUGACGACAAAUUGGUUGACGACAACGGGGAAUCACAAAUUUUUAUAGUAGAUAGAUUAUCAUCAUGUUGUCAGGGCAUGACAGAUGAAUUUUACUAUGGCGGUGCAUGACCUCUGUUGCUCAGAACCCUUAAUUUCAAGCUCUACAAAGAUGAAAUUUUAUAUGAUGAUAAAAAAGAAUGGCUUUCUGAGAUCAAGACAAAACGUAUAAAGAUUAACUAAUUAGCUGGCUUACAGAACCUGAAGGUUCAUCACCAAAUUAACCAAAGCCAUCCACCAGUCCAUUCUGGGCCAACAAAAUCCAACUGCCAAAAGGUAAAGAUUAGAGACAUAUUCAUUCAUCGAGAAACUGUUGAUGUCACACCGGUGGCAAAAAGUAGAAUGAGGGACAAUUGGAUUAUCUAAAGUGGCAUUUAAAGCAACGAGUACAUAUGGAUUCCAUUUAAGUUACGAAACCUAAAAAAGGGCAGUACUGUAUGAAUUCUUAUCAAACCACAAGCGAGAUUAAAAGCUAAGGGUAGAGGUCACAGAGCACAAAAAGACUAAUUUUUUUAUGGUGAAGGUUCUAACUGAUAAUGUUAUCCUUGCAAUAAAAAUUAAUGCUUCCAUGCUGAAAGUUGGUAUAAAGAAUUAUCCUUUAUGAUUUGUAGAGUGCAUUAACUCUGUCACAGAGAAACAUGUUCUAGAUUAAUUGAGCAAAUCUUUAUUUCAUACAAUGAUAGUACAUGAAAGCACAGCAUUUUAUUGCUCGCGGUAUCUAUAAAAAUAAAGCUAUAAAAUAAUAAUCAAAACUCUUGUAUGAUACAUAUUAAUGUUUACUGAAAUCAUUAUGUGCAUGAAUAAAAGAAAGUCUGCAGCUUUGACACUUCGACAUAAAUCCUUUCUGUUCUGAUAA